AUUGCGAAAAGGGGAAAAGGAAUCAGGUUCUCUAGCUAGCAAUAUAGCAGGGAAGAUUGAAAUCAUAUUUGUUUCUGCUUCCACAAGAAACCCAGAAAGAAGAAAGAGCAUAAAUGGGAAAGAAGAAAGAAGGGAAGGUGGUAAAGAAAGAGCAAGCAGACAAGCAAUGCAGAAAGAAACAGAAUGGAGAGGAGAGAGAGAGAGAGAGAGAAAAGGGACCAUGAGAAAGAAGAAGAAGAAGAAAGGGGAAAAAAGGAAUUAAUACCCUCCGAUCAAUUUUGUUCAUAGAUGUUAAUUUUUGUAUGAGUCGUUGUGAAAAAGUUAAUAUUGUUGGCGAUCUCUUUAUAAAUUAUCUUGUUUUUUCGAUCAAACGUUUGAGAAUUCCCAAAAAUCUUGUCACGGGGCGGCAUGACCAACCAUUAGACAUCAGUUGGGAAGGAUUGAUUUGUUGCACCAAAAAAGUUACUACUGGCGUUUGGCAAUACACAAAUAACUCGUUUGGUAGCGUUUUACUGAAAUGAGUUAUUUGGACAGUGAGUUAUUUAACGAGUUAUUUAAAAUAACUUAUACUCAUGUGUUAUUUCGAAAUAACUCGUUUUAUCACUCUGCUUUUACCAAAUACCACAUGUCAAAUACUAUAUUUGCAUGAUUCAACCAAACGAGAUACUUUAUAUCAAUUACCACUGAAACAACACCGAAAUAUCACAUGAACAAUAAAUGAGUUAUUUGACUCUACAAAUACCACAUUGACAAUUAACCCAUCCAGCCGAUCCCCUAGAUUAGAUUACAUGAUGAGUUGAUGUAGUCCCUUCACAUCGUAGCUAGGGUCACUGCUUCUAGGAGCAACCUAGCUUUAGCUUUGCCACAUUUGCUACCUCCAUUUUCUGACCCUCUUCCCCAACAUUUGUCCACAUUGUUGGAAAUGUGUGUGCCCCUUCAAUGGCCAUCCAAUCUCUCCAUCAGAGGAUGUGAACAAUGGCAAUUGAUACGAUGGUGAGAAAGGGAAUAGAAUAUGACGUCCCAAUCGUCAUGUGCCUAAUUAAUAUUGUCGAUUUUUCCUAUAUUAAUAAAUUUUUGAAGAUAACAUCGAUUGUAAGAAUCACAUUACUAACUUGACAUCUCCUACACUAAUUAGAGUAUAAUUUCAAGUUAAGUAGCUUACGAAAAUCUAGACCAUUAAAAUUGAUUAAAAUCAUCGUAAGCCAUUGAUUAAAAAAUAAUUAAAAAACGAACGGGCGGGAACACCGGCACUUCUGGUCAUUUCUUUCCCGUGACCUUUUUUAUUUCUUUUAUUUUUUUACAUUAGCUGCUGCCGUUGAUUUUAACCACAACAGUCGGCAUGUAUUUUAUUUAUUUAUUUAUUUUUGAUGAUUUUGGAUUAUAUUUUUAUAAAAAAUGUUACGGAAGAAUUUUAUAAUGACUUAAUACUUUAGGUAAUGGGGUGUUAAUAUUCUUUAUGUAAAAUGAUCUUCUAUUAUGUAAGGUUUUCGUAAUGACAUUUUCCAACUGUUACGUAAAAUACACAUCCGUUACGUAAUGAUAGUUAUUUCUUACGUAACGAUUAAAUAGAAAAUGUUAUGUAAGGAUUCCGUAAUGACUUAGCUCUUUACAUAACGCGAGGUUAAUACUCAUCACACGUAAAGGACCUUACAUUACGUAAGACUUUGGUAAUGACAUUUUACAACUGUUACAUACAAUACUAAUCAAUUACGUAAAGGUUACAAAAUGAUAGUUAUUUCUUACGUAACAGAUAAAUCGAAAGCGUUACGUAAGCCCUCCUUAAUGACUUAGCUUUUAACGUAACGCGAGGUUAAUAGUCAUUACGUAAAGGGACCUUCCAUUACGUAAGGCUUCCGUAAUGACAUUUUACAACUAUUAUGUAAAAUACACAUUCGUUACGUAAAGGUUACGAAAUGAUAGUUAUUUCUUACGUAACAGUUAAAUUGGAAGAGUUACGUAAGCCUUCCGUAAUGACUUGGCACUUUACGUGUUAGGAUACAAUUCAAGUACCACAUCGGGAAUACAAGGGAAGGAACCCUUGUAUAUUAGUGUCCACCAAACUCAAUUAGUACGAUAUUGUCCGCUUUGGGCCAAGCCCGCACAGUUUUACUCUUGGGUGUCCUCCCCAAAAAGCCUCGUACUAAUGAGCUUGGUGGACACUAAUAUACAAGGGUUUCUUCCCUUGUAUUACCGAUGUGGUACUUUGAUUGUAUCCUAACAAUCCUCCCCUCAUGACAAGGACCACAAACUUUGUGUCCUCACCUCAGCGAUUAUCUUGAUCCGCCAGACACCUUGUAUCGAUAGGCUUCUCGGUACAAGAAUUUUCCGAGACGCGGAACUCUGUUUGAUCCGCCAAAUCAGAUGUAGCCCAUAUGCGAAACUCUCUUUCAUCCGCCAAACAGACGUGGAUCUCUCGCGGACCACCAGACGCGAAUCAUGUUGUUUCAACAAUGCUUACAUCUUGAUCUGUCACAAACUAAAACUGUUUCUCCCAGUGAACUUAUCAAUCUUCAUACUAAUAGCAGCCAUCCUUGCUAUCAAACAAACUCUAACCAAACUUCUGACUCGUCCCGAAUAUCACAACAGAAUCCCACCUAAGGCCCAAGUAUAAACCUUAGAUGGGUGGAAUGUAGGGCAAGUAUGUUUAAAUAUCAACCCGGGCCGGUCCAUGUACUCCUACUUCCAUUGUUUGAAACAUUAUCUAGCGGAUUGGUUUUUGGUUGAAAACUAUGAGGUUUAAAUUAAAACAAAGCAAAGGUAAAUGGUUUGAAAACUCUAGAUGAGAAUGAUCACUCGGGUGUCGCUUCCCCCUAAUUACUACCAUAUCUCGUGGACUCUAAUGGGUCGUUAUGGGCGAGGCAAUCGUGAACCGCUAGGAAGUGCAACUAUGGUCGAAGACCACACUCUCAAUUGCCAAACCAAGGGAUACGUUAUAGGCUACUAGAGUAGCCCUCUUGGUUAAGGCAAUUGGGGAUUGACUUACCUUCUCCCUCAAACCGAUAGUUGGACGGCUUAAUUACGAUUAACCUAGUCGUCUAAUUCAAGAUAGAGGUUUGCCCUACAUUAACAUAGGUAAAACUGAUAGAUUAUGCAUUAUUAGAUAAGGAGAUCAAAUUCUCAAACGUGUGUGAAUUAGUUCACCAAAGAGAAGAGAUGUGGCAAAUAGUAGGCCAAGCAAUAGGAUGAUGGGCAUAUAUAUAUAUAUAUAUAUAUAUAUACGCAUGUGAGGAAGACAUAAGAGUGUACGUGGGUCUAAUUGAUUAUUUAUGUCCCACAAAAAGGUUUGUGAUCCAACUGUCAAAUGUGCGGUCUUUAUUAGCUGCCCUACACAAGUGUUGGUUGGUCAAGAAACCAAAAGGAAUUAUGAAUGUUGCAAAAUGUACGUAGUACACUAAUAAACCAUUCCUUCUCUCCCAAGUACACAUCCCAUUCAUCCAUCAACGACUAUAUACCAAAAUGACAAUCAUCCAUCUCAUCUUGGGGUUCUUUCUUGUUCCCUCUUUUUGAUUAGUCGCAAUGAAUAUAAUGCCUAGUCAAUAUUGGAAUUUGUUUCUUUCUUUCUAUCAAGUCAUUCUUAGUAGAAAAGAUAGUUAUUAAAAUGAGUCUUUAAUCUUUAUAUGGCGAUUGGCAAAGACAGAAAUAUCGGGGAAUGGUAAGAGUGGAGACUCUGAAGAACGCUAGAAGAAAGAAAAACAAAGAGCUGCUAGGUAGCUAGCAAAAAGAAAGGAAAGGGAUCAUGCCACGUACUGCAGUAACCACGACUAAUGCGGUUAGGGAUUUCACUUUUUGGACGACUCUUUCUCAGCCUCCAAGCACCGUCGAUAUCCAAGCCCAGCAUCGAUCAAACCAUACUGCACUCAACCUACCGCCUAGUUCUUCCCAUUGGGAAAUUCACUGUGAUGGAUCUUUUAGAUCGGAAUCACAGGUGGCGGCAUAUGGGGUCAUCAUUAAGAAUCCUCAUGAGCAAGUUGUGGAUGGUUGUGCUGGCACCUUCUUUUGUUCUUCAGCGAUAGUUGCGGAAGCAAAAGCCUUGUUGACUGCUGUAAUAGUUGCUGCUUCUCUCCAUUUUCCAGUUCUAUCUUCUCGGAUUGCAAAGUGCUUAUUCACAUACUACAUGAUCCGAGGAGAGUUGGCCCAUGGCAGGUGAGGGCUUGGAUUCAAGGGAUUCGCAGUCUUCUCCAUUUGUAUCCAGGAUUAGUAAUCUUCUUUACACCAAGAUCAAACAACAAAAGUGCAGAUUGGGUCGCUAAGGAAACUGCUAAUGGAUCUCUCCCUCCGGAUUGGAUCCAAGUUUUGGAUAUUGUUUUUCCGUUGAUGUAAUGUGGCUAUGCUUGUACGAUUAACGUUGAUAUGAAUGGAAAUCAUCUAUUUGUAAUAUAAUAAAAAAAAAGGAAAAGCAACAAUGGACGCAACCUCAUAGACCAUUACUUUUCUCAUGCCUUUUAAUUUAGUUUCAUCCCCACACACAGCGCGCGUCCCCACUGCUACUACCUUCUGUCAAACUGAGGGGAAGAAAAAAACUGAGGGCAAAAGAAAAGGGAACAAACAACAAACCCUCUUCUGCACUCUGAAAUAUUUAUUGCAUACUCUUCCUUCCUUCCUUCCUUUCACCGUAUAGGCUUUUAUUACAGUUUUACUCCUCUCUCUCUCUCUCUCUCUCUCUCUCUCACUGUGCAGUCUGCAUUCAGCUUUUACUUUAGCUGCUGCUGCUGCUGCUUUUUUCACCACUUUUCUCUCUCUGUGGUUGGAAUGUCAAAGCAAUUAUUAAGGCAUCAUUACACUAUCAUUCGUUCGUUCGUUCCCAUGCAGCAGCAGCAGUUUCCACGUGUCCCUUUUCUGCACCAUCAGUUCAUAUAUAUUUCCCACCUCCCUCCCUGUACGUGCUGCCCACCACCACAAAGUCAAAACUGUAGCUAUGUGGAAAUAAAGGCAAAUGCAGCCAAUUAAUUUUAUUAAUUACUAAUCAAUAUUCUAUAAGGAAACCAAAGAGUAAAUAUAGUGAUCAAUAUUCUAUAUGUACAUCCUUCCAGAUCAAUCUCUUUCCCAACUCUCUUCGCCGUUACAUAAUUGUGCAUAAGCUUGAUUAGGGUUUGUACGUGUGUGUAUAUAUAUUAUAUACAAUACUCAAAUGGUCAAAUAUGCCUUCCUCUUAAAAUUUUCAUUGAAAAAAAAUUGCCAAUUAUAUGGUUGAACCAAUAUUCGGACGACCCGACAUCGACAAAUGGGAGGCAAAAUAUCAUUUUUUGUCCCCCGCUGGUUUAUUUCUCUAGGUCUCGUUAAAAUGAAAGUAUCAAAGUUAUUUGGCUAUAUACAAAAGAAUCACAAAAAAAUUCUAAAGUGAAAUUUAUUAUGGAUAUUUUAGACAUUUGUGUCGCCCAAAUCAACGUUCGACCGUGAUUGACGGUUUUGGAUAAAAAAAUUAUUGAUGAUUAAACUCACCCAACCCGGUCGUUUUUUCUCCCUCUGUGUUGUCCCUGUUUACGCGGUGCAAGCAAUCAACAGACAGCAGCAUCAAUUCAGCAGCGGUACUACUACUGCGUAGCAAGCUGCUAGCUAUAAGCUUCUUUCCUUCUUAAUUUCAGCCUUCUCACCGCUUGGUACUUUCUAUGCAAUGUCUGGGAAAGAAAGACACAGACGGCCGAGAGAGAGAAACAAUUAAUGGUGGGAACAUGGAGGAAGCCAAGUAGGAAUGGCAAUGGGAGGAUCGGGGCGGGUAAUUUAUCACGGGACGCGGGUCGGGGUAAGUCGACCCAAUGGGUAUAUAAUUUAUGUGAAAAAUGUUAGAAAGAUUCGUUAUUUUCAUUAAAAGAUCAAGUAACAAACCAUAAUAUGAUAAAAAUGUAGUUAAAUUAUUAGAGAAAGUGGGGUUUUUACUUAUUUACAACUUUUUUAUAACUAAAAUAUGAGAUAAUAAAAGAAAAUCCUAAGUAUUUUGACUAAGAUUACAUGUAAUUUAGGCAAGAACGGGUCGGGAAUGAGACGGGUUAGGGCAGGUCGGGUCGAUGAGAGCUACCUAUGCCCGCCCCAAAACAGGCCAAACAGGUCGGGUACAACGAGCUCUUACACCAUAUUGCUCUCUUCUGCCAAGUUAAAAUAGUAAAAUACAAUUUGGUAUUGACCGGGACUUGGUUCCACAAACAAUAGAUUACAUGUGUAUCAAAAUCAUGCAUAUAUACUUGUGAAAUUGUAUGAAAGUAGAACAAGUAUAAGAACAAUGAUAUAGAGAAAAGACAGAAGAAGAGAGGGGAUAAGAGUUCUCCUUAUUCAUUUGUGUGCUCUAUUUAUAGGCAAAAAUACAUAACUCCUACAACUCUAAUAUCAAUACACAUAAAUGGAAGCAAUGUGUCGUAGGAAGAAAGAUAAUAUAAAGAGAGGAGUUACAUAUAACUUGUAACAUAUUAUGGAGCAUCUAAUGUGAUAAUCCAUAAUAAUAAUAUUUUCAUAACAAUAUUAAGAGUAUGUCUGACAUAGAAAAUAUGUCUGACAUAUGAGUGAAAAUCAUGUUUUUGUUAAUUGUUUAGCCGAACCAGUUAGACCAAGAUCAGGGUUAUUUCAUAAAGAUACUCUAGGGCUUAGACAGCUUGUAUUGAAAUUUGUUAUGUAGGUCAGAUUGAACAAUGUUCCUAUUGAAUUAAAUUUUGAUCAAAACAGUUGUGGCAGCUAGGUUCCCUAAAGUAGGUUACUGUCAGUAGGAAAGAAAUUAAAACUUGUGGGAUGAGGCAUAAAAUAAAAUGGCCUCUCAUCUGUCUAUUUAGUAUUUACCUGGUCAAUAUCAAAUUUCCAAUACAAAAACUACAGUUCCACUAUAAAAUUUCACAAACCAUCUCAAUCUAAAGUGCAAAAUCUCAUUUACUGACUUUUUUCCUUCAAAAAAAAUUACUGAACCCUAAAAUUACACUCAUUCAUCUAAAAAUGACCCCUUGCUACUUUACUAUUAAAAAAGAAGGAACGCAUAGAGUAAGGCGGGAUUCCCGCGUGAUCCAAAUAGGAUGAUCCAUCAUUCUUUUUUCUCUGGACAAAAAAAACCCGGCCCAUAUUAUUUAUUUAUUUAUAAGAAAAAAACUAUAAUAAAUGACAAUUGACAAGGCAGCCUAGCUAGGGCUAGGAGAGGACCAACAAACAAACAGCAUGUAUAAAAUACUUUUAUUCUUUAUUUCUUAUAAUAUAAUAAUAUCAAGAAAAUAUGGGGGAAAAUACUCAGCACACGUGGCAGGGAAGAGGUUGACAUGUCAAUGCAAUUGGGGGAGCGGGUUUUGUGGGAUACGGUCAAAGAGACGAAAGGUCAGUACUGUCAGAAGAAGAAGACACACAAAUGACAAUUUGAAUAAGAAAAUUCCAUUAUUAUU